AUGUGGGUUGCGACGCCGUUUGGCAUCGGCGUGCUGAUCACCGACGGCGACUGGGAGAUCCAGGCCAAAGUGACAGUCCAAUUCCCAUGGGGCAUUGGAUAUCUGCAGCGACACAUCGUAUCUACGUCCCAUACCUUUCAGUGCACAUGCUUUGCGUUGCCACGCACGUUGCAGCGUUUCGCUCUCACGUUGGAGCUGACGACGACGUUUGCGGCGUUGUGUGAACGAGUCCUUGUCCACGCUGGCAUGCCUUUGCUACUGGUGGACAACGUUGUCGUCAUGCAACCAUGCUUUGGUGGCCCUGACGACUGCAGAAUUGGAUCGGAUGGCGUGGUUAUUCGUGGCCAACUCCGCUUCUCGUCGUUACGUCCACUACUUAUCCAUAUCUUUCCCACCAUCAAGAUCGCCAAGACGUCGUCGCUCCUUCGCAUCAGCGCUAACGACAAGGGAGAAGCUGCACCACCUUUGCCAGCCCCUCCAGCGUCGACCGAACCACCCCUUCCAUCGCAACCUGCGACAACUCUACCUCCAUGUGUGCAGAAUGCAUCGCCAAGCGCUGGAACUACAGCUGCAAACUCUGCUACCAACAGCGUUCCAACACAAGAGCUAUCACCAGUGGUGACUCAAAUCGGCCGGGGCGCCGGUUGCGUUUUGGGAGCCGAAAGGACGUUGACCAGCGGCCGCAAGUACUGGGAAGUUCGCUUGGAUACAACCGUUGUCGGCAAUGGCGUCUUGGUUGGCGUUGCUGUCGUGGAUGUGCCAUUGAAUUCCAAUGUGGUUGGAACCGACUGUUUCUGGGGAUUUGCCGCUCAUCUCGGGAAAAAGGCCAGCGACACUUUUGAGACGUACGGCCAAGUUUGUGUCAAGGGCGAUGUCGUUGGGACGUUGUACGACGCCGAGCUCGGUGAGUUAAGCUUCUUCCGGAAUGGCGAGCCGCUAGGAGUCGCGUUUCGUCAUCUCUACUUCGCCCGGUUCUGCCCAGCGUUCGCCACGACUAGCGUCGGACUCGCGUUCACGCUUCUGCCGCGGACAGUCCCACCGCCGUACACGUUAGAGCUGUAGGUUAACGAGUAACUUUAGCCAGCGCUGGGUUGCUCCCUGAGCAGGCUUAACGUUC